CUCAUUCUCAGCGACGCCGACUUGCUGCUACGGCAGGCCAUUUGUGUCUAAGUACACGGUGAACGGUCGCUUCAUUUUCGCGUACAGGUACGUCCGACUAACGACACGAUCCCGUAUCCCGGUCGACUCGUUGGGCUACGGAGGGUCAAAGGAAAUAAAAAGAGCUGUUCUACUGACGCCACCCUGCCAACAAAAUGAAAUACCUUGAUCAUAAACUGCAACAAUGGAUUUAAAUGAAGAAUCCAUAGACUCUGAAGGCAACUUGGUUGAGUUGCCAGUCAAUGAAGAGAAAAUUGGGAAAACCAGAGCGAAACCAGCAAUUGGACAAAAUACACACACUGGUUUAAUCAGACGUUGCAGACGAAGCGGAAACCCACGGCUGGAGAAUACAAAGGGCUUGAACACAAGCACUGCCUUGGAAGGAAAGGUGGCCCAUGGCAGACCUAAGUGUGGUAAGCCUCCCUGUGGGGAGGUCACUCCGGCCAAAAGACACAAGCUGGACACUUUGGAACAAACUCAAGACAGUGGGAGUAUUGAGCCUGCUGAAGGUUCGGCUUUAGCCCAUGAAGAAGAGCCAGCAAGCUCAAAAACCAGGCACGUAGAAAAUGAUAUUGUGAUAGACAGUGUGCUGUCUGAAAGACGACCUGGGGAUUGUCAGGAUAAAAAUAAGAAGAUCAAAUUUGAAGCAACUUCACUGUCCUUGUCUUAUAACUUUAUACGGAAAAAAGACGCUGCACUAAAAACUAAUGUGGAUCAGUGUCAUUUCACUGAUAACUGUUUUGUUUGUAAUAUUUGUAAUGUUACCAGCCAAUCCAAGGAGAGUUACAAAAAGCACAUAUCCUCAGUUCGCCAUAAAAAACAAGCUAAAAGCACAAGUCAAGAUGCAAAUGCAAAAGAAGGAUUUAACUGCAGGCUCUGUGGCCACCUAUUACCUUCACGGUAUGACUUAGACAAACACAUUAAAGAGAACCAUUCCAAACGAUCCAAGGCACACAUUUGUCUUCAGUGCAACUUCAAGGCAGAGAGUGCAGCAUUAUUGCAAGCUCAUCUCAAACACAAACACUUCCAGGAAAAAAGAUUAGGUUGUGACCUAUGUGGUUAUCAAUGUUAUGAUGAAAACCUGCUGAAAACCCAUUGUCGUGGGAAUACUCAUCUUCGCCGCAAGAACCUUGCUGCACGGGGUGGAUACAUACACUUGCUUUCCAAAAAGGGUCUUUCAGGUGAAAAUGUUACAAAAGAGAAAGCAAGAAGUGCAAAACCCUUAAAUAAGAGGCCUAGAAAUUUGAGAAUGGCAAGGAACAGAUGUUGUGCCCAGAAGGAUGGUAAGCAAAGCAUUGAGUGUUUCGGCAAAUCAACAAGAAUUGGCGAUAGUCUCUGUGUGGAAGUAGGUUGCAGAGAUAAAAUGCCAAUGGCAAAUGAUCAAGCAGAGCUUAAUGAUUGUCGUGCUGGAAAGGCAUCUCAUGGAAGAACUUUGAGAAGUACAAAAGAACCAACUAAUCUUCUGCAAGAACGUGGCAUUAAUCAAAGACUAAGGCACUCUGGAAAUGGUAAUGUCAGCCUGAGACUGCGCAGUGCACGCUGCAAAGUCAAUUCUGAACACAGGAGUACAAGAAUCAGGCUUCCCAAGGAAGAAGUGGCAAACCAAAGGUCUCCAAGAAAGCUCCCAGGAAAAACUAACCUUUCAACAAGGCAUAACAGUCGAGGUCGAGGUCAAAACCGGUUUUCUCAUAAGAGAGAGGUUUUUCCUAAAGCACAGCAAAAAAGUGUCAGUGCUGCUGGAAGCAAGAAUGUGAAAGAAACAAGGAAAUCGAUUGCCCAGGAAUCAAAGCAACUCGAAGGAAAACCUGAGAAUCAGGAUAAAACUACUGAUACAACACCCAUUGAUGCAAACCUAGAGGAUGGGAAUGCAUUUAAAGUAAGUUGCUCAAGUGGCAAUCAGGAAGGAGCAUCAGCCCCGUCAGAAGUACCUCAUUCAUUAGCAUUGGUUGAAAACAACAUUGAAAAUACUUCAGGGAAUCAAAACCUUGAGUCCCCAUCUGCCAAUCCAGCAAAUAAUAAAGUCUCUAAAGUUGAAAAUCCUGAAUCGAAGCUGAGCCCUGCUGACCGUAAAGCCCUCCGCACCUGCUCGUACUGUGGCCAUUUGUUUCAGAACCGAAAAGGCCUAGAGGUCCAUAUCAAGAGACGCCAUACAAAGGAAAUGGUGUUCCAUUGUCGACCGUGUGGCUAUGCUUGUGUUACAAAAGGUGACUUUGAAAAGCAUUGUCAAAGCAACAGGCAUCAAGUUAACUUCUCCAAGAUUGACUGUUGGCUCUGCACCUUUGUGACCUCUGAUGAAGAAACUCUCAAGAAUCAUAUGAAUCAAAAACACAAAAUAGUUUCUUACUGCCGACCUUGCAAACUGCACUUUGUAUCAGAAGAUGACCUAGCAGACCACGUUGGUACUGAUCAGCAUGUAAAAAACAUGUUCCCGCAGCAGAAAGACACCACAGCUGAGCAAGCUGGAAGACUGCAGCUGAGAGGACUAGAAUUAAAUAAAAUCUCUUUAUCAGAUACAAAUGAAGAAACUACUGUAUCAAAAGCAAAUCCUUUGUUAAAGGAUCCUCAGAAGCUUUCUAUCACCAGAGUAGUUGCAGGGAAUAUACUAAAACGAUCAACACACAGCAGACCCCAGUUGCAGUGUAAACAUUGCUUUUAUAAAGCUAGAUCUGCCUCAGUCCUUUUAAAACACAUAAGACUCAGACAUGCACAAGAGUAUCGCUUUUUUUGUAAAGUGUGUAGCCUCUACACUAUUAGCAAGGAAGCUAUGGAGAAGCAUAUUAAACGAAGUAGGCACAUUAUGAAUGCCAAGAAAACAAAUCUUGGCCCAUCCGCGGAGGAGUGUGUUGAAGAAGUGUCUGUUGGUGUUCAGGAUGUUCAAAAGACCAUGAAGACUGCAGGGGCUUCAGGGAAUGUUAAUACUGAAAUAGAUAAAGGUUAUGUUCAAGUUCUUGAGCCAUCAAAACCCAGAGAGGAAUUUGUUGUAGCUUGGGAAAUACCAAAAGGGGAUGCAGGCAAUGUAGAAGAUGUUCAAAAAAGCAAUCUUCAUUCGACAGGAAGUGUUAAAAGAGGGCGCCCUAAAGGGAAUAUUUCCAGAACUUGCCUUUAUUGUGGACUAUUGGCUUCCAGUGUCACAAAUCUGAACAUUCACAUUAGGCGGAAACAUAGUCAUCAAUACAGUUACUUCUGCAAGACCUGUAACUACUACACUGUCACCAAAGGAGACAUGGAUCGUCACUGUAACACCAAGAAACAUAAAAAUCAGGCUGAUGUCUCCAAGACUGAAGUUUGCAGAAAAAUUACCUCAUCUCCUGAUAAGGGUAAUCUACAAAUGAUUGUGACUGAUGUUACCGCUGUUUCCAUGGCUGAAAAUGUUCAAAACAGCAGCAAAGGUUUGAAACCAGAGAUCCCUGGCGCAGAGAACCCAUCUGGGAGUACUGAGAACAGCAAUACUCAUGUGAAUUUAGAGAGAUUGUCUUCAACGCAAAAUCAACAGAAAGUGGAAAAUCAGAAUGAGAUAGUUGUAGUUCUUGAUGUGGAAUCAAAUGAUACGGGACAAAAUGGUAGUUCGUCCAACUCAAAGCAAAGGAAAGAAAACCACACUACGACUUGUGUGUACUGUGGUUUUAUGGCUUACUCUCUUGCUACCCUUGAGAUGCAUGUGAAACGUAAACACACAAGAGAUUUUGACUACUAUUGUAUGGCAUGUGCUUAUUAUGCUGUCACACGUCGUGAAAUGAUGAGACAUGCAAUCACCGAGAAACAUAAACUCAAAAGUCGGUCCUACCUCAAAUUAAAUCCAAAUAAAGGGCAUGAUUCCAGUACCAUGCCAACCAAUACACCAGAGAACAGAAGCCACAAAGAAAGAAAUGAGGAUCGAAUGAAUGAAAGGAGCUGGAACAAGGAAGGAGACAUAUCAAAGGCUUCUCAAGAUGCCAUCCAAAAGUCUCUGCCAAGUGUGAUUGAAACCGAGAUGCCAGUAGAAGGUACUGAAGAGGUCAGAUCAGCGAAAGAGACAGUACCAGUGUCGCAGAUGGCAGAAAAUCAGAUAAAAUCCUUACAAAAUGAAAUGGCUGACGAGGAAGAAAGUAUUCAAACUCUAACAACUGUAUGUCAUUCAGAAAUUUCCUCUGAAGCUUAUUCUGGAAUAUUGGAAGCAAAUUUUGCACGUUCGAAUGCAUCUCUGGAUACUGAAAGUCGUCCUGCAAAAUUGAAAUCUGCGUCAUUAGAGUCAUCAGUGUUGGAAACAACCCAAAAUCAAAUUUCUGAGUUACCCAGUGAGCAAGAUUCAAGUAAGUGUCAUAAAGACAUUGUCAUGUUACAGGAAACUAAUGUCAAGAACAAUGAUAUUGAUUUACAUGUUGAAGCUUCUCAGGCAGAAGAGGAUGAUUUUCAACAGCUUUGCCAGGCAGAUGAGAGAUGGAUAGAUAAGCAAAAUAUUAAACCAACUGAAGUGGCUAAGGAGAUAAGUUCUUCUGAUUUGGAUAGCAGACCAAAUGAAAUGAUUGAUCCAGGUCAAAAUCAACCUAAUACCUACAGCCUUGCAGAGGAAGAGAAUAUGGAAGUAGGACUUUUGGCUUCCACAGAAGAUGUUGAAGGAAGUUCCAUAGUAGGUGGCUGUCUUUGGCAACCUCUGAAGAAUUUAGAACAUAUCCAUGCUAACCAUGUACAACAAAUUGAUAGCAACAAUCAAAACGUCAUGGAGGCAGCUAGGAUGGAAAUGACUGUGCAAGGUGGCAUUGAAGCCUCACACGAUUUUGGUGGGAGUGAAAGUCUUUCAGAUGAUCAAAAUAAAAUGGAAACAGAUUUAAAGGAGAAGACUAGGGAUAUGAAAAGCGCAAAUGAAAAUAAUCGAGAAUUUGAAAUAACUGAAGGCACUGGUGAAAGCCGUAAGCUUGAUUUGCAAUGUAAGGGAUUCCAAAAAUAUUUUGAGUUUGAUGCAUCUAUAGUAAGAUUAAAGAACAAGUUCGGGAGUGAAAAAUCCGAAUGCACUGAUAACAGUGAAGAUAGCCAAGGAGCUGAUGGAAUCUCGCCAGAUGAAUGGGGAGUUGCAGUCUAUAAGACUGACACUUCCCAAGUUGUGAAGAAGAGAAAAAAUAAAGGAUCCUUGUUUCAAUACCCGAAACGCAUUCGCUGUGAGGACUGUGGGUUCCUGGCAGAUGGUGUAAAUGGGUUGAAUGUUCACAUUGCCAUGAAACAUCCUUCUGCGGAAAAGCAUUUCCACUGCUUCCUGUGUGGCAAAUCAUUUUACACAGAGAGUAACUUGCAUCAGCAUUUGGCCAGCAUGGGUCACCAGCGAAUGGAACAGGAGAGCAUUGAGGAGUUGCCAGAAGGUGGUGCUACCUUCAAGUGUGUCAAGUGCAACACAGCUUUUGAUUUAGAGGAGUACCUCUUUGUGCAUAUCAAGCAGAAACAUGGGGAAAUGCUGAGGGAAGUGAACAAAUACAUUGUGGAAGACACAGAACAGAUAAACUGUGAGCGGCAGGAAAAUCAAGGCAAUGUCUGCAAAUAUUGUGGGAAGGUCUGCAAAAGCAGCAAUUCACUAGCAUUUCUUGCUCACAUCCGUACGCAUACUGGAUCAAAACCUUUCCGAUGUACCCUCUGCAACUUUGCGACAGCACAGUUAGGAGAUGCCCGUAAUCAUGUCAAACGGCACCUUGGAGUUCGCGAGUAUAAAUGCCACAUAUGUGGAUGGGCCUUUGUUAUGAAGAAACAUCUUAGCACACAUUUAUUGGGCAAACAUGGUAUCGGGACUCCGAAGGAACGGAAAUUUGUGUGUGAAAUUUGUGACCGGACUUUCACAGAAAAGUGGGCCCUGACCAAUCACAAGAAGCUGCACAUGGGCCAGAAACCAUUUAAAUGCACCUGGCUGACGUGUCACUAUUCCUUCCUCACAGCUUCUGCGAUGAGAGAUCACUUCAGGACUCACACAGGGGAGAAGUCAUUCCUGUGCGACCUCUGCGGAUUUGCAGGUGGAACACGCCACGCUCUCACCAAACACAGGCGACAGCACACAGGUGAAAAGCCAUUCAAAUGUGACCAGUGCAACUUCGCUUCCACAACACAAUCUCAUCUGACUCGUCACAGACGUGUCCACACGGGCGAGAAACCUUAUAAGUGUCCUUGGUGUGAUUACAGGUCAAACUGUGCUGAGAACAUCCGCAAGCACAUCCUACACACUGGCAAACACGAGGGAGUACAAAUGUACAAUUGCCCAAAGUGUGAGUAUGGAACCAAUACUCCAUUGGAAUUUCGCAAUCAUCUCAAGGAGCAUCAUCCAGAUAUUGAGAAUCCAGAUCUGGCAUAUUUGCAUGCAGGGAUAGUUUCCAAGGCAUAUGAAUGUAGACUUAAGGGCCAAGGAGCACAGUUUGUGGAAACGGCUGUUCCAGUCAAUCCACCUCGAGCAGUUUCUACUGAAAUCACAGGUGAUCCACUUGGGAGCUGCAUUGAACAGCAGGAGCCAGCUGAGUCCAUUGGGCAAGUGUUUAUAAUUCAAGGCUACCAAGUUGGAUGUGGUGAGGAGAUUUCCAUUGAUGCUUCAGUUGAAGCUACUGCAGCAGCAACUCUCCAGACUAUGGCAAUGGUGGGUCAAAUGACUCAGGUGGCAAAAGUGAUGCAUAUCACUGAAGAUGGCCAAAUUAUAGACACAACUCAGAACACUGCCCAUGUGGGCAACAUGGUUCCUGGGCAGACUCUGACAAAACAGCCGAUAUCCGGAGCCACCCAGCUGACAGCAGAAAUGGAGCCAACUGAACAAGGGAGUGCUACAGAAACGGCCAUUGCUAUGGAAACCCUGGCAGAUUCCAAUCCUGUUGAACAAGUAGUGACACAAGAGGAGGCAAAAAUGCCCACAUCGGAGAGGCCCUCAGCACUGGUUGCACUUCUGUGUGCCGUCACAGAAGUGGGUGCAGUUGAGGCAAGAUCAGCUGAGCAGGAAGAGAGUGAGUCUACACAAGAGGGGUCUUACUCCGUGAACUCUGCCAUCGAGAAGGUCAUUUUAACCCAAAAAGAAUCAGUGUACGAAGGAACAGAGACAUUCCACAAAGACCAAACUGUCCAAGAAGCUACCGAGGCAGGGGGAACUGUGUCAAACAUUGAGCAGCAAAUAUCUGUGACUACCACGCAAGAAGAAUCCCAAGUUGCUUUCAGUGAUGUGGUACAGGAGGUACUGCAGUUCACUAUGUGUGAUAUGAGGACAACAAACCAUGUUGUGAAAGAUGGCAUUACUCGUGUCAUUGUUGCUAAGGAAGGGACCACACAUGUGGUUGAGGGGGCAUCCCAGAUCAUAGUGCAAGAAGGCGAAGAACAAACUAUAGCUACCAAUGGACAUCCAAUGCGUCUGGUGGAUUCAUCUGGUGAAAUAUCACAGAUAAUAAUUACAGAGGAAGUACUACAAGCCAUGGUUCAAGAGACCACAGGUCAUUUGUCUGAAGAAGCAACUCAUGUGAUUGUGACAGAGGUACCGCACAGCAUUGUAAAUGGCAGUCACUCAAGCGCAGUAACUGAAGUUUAUCCUCAGCGCAUGAUGGGACUGGUAAAUGAGGACAUGUCAUCAUCCAGUCACCCAGUGACAACAGUUGCCUUGGCAGAGUGUUACACUGAGGACAGGUCAGAAGUAGUUAUGAUUGAACUGCCAGCUAAAGAAGAACAAGAAAUGGAAAUUGGUGGAAUCCAAGAAGCAUGACAGUUGGGUAGGAAGCUGUAUCACAAGACAUCCAUGGCUGAUAUUCCGUCAGAUGUACUAUUCAAAGCAUGACAUGCUCAGUAUGGCACUUGCAUUCCAUGCGUCUACUUGUAUGUCUGUUUGGGAAUCUAAUUGCUUCUGGAGCAAUGAAUGGGAGUGCAGAGCCAUGAUCUAAUGGAGUGAGAGCCAGCUAGUCACAUUGACUUCACUGAACAAAGGAAUUUAAAUAAUUUUGCUGUCCAUAACUGUAUUGUCUAAGUUAAUUUAAUGCAUCCAUUUAUACUAUCCAUUCGUUUUGAAAGCAGUAUAGUGAAGUUUUACAUUGGUCUGUAUGUUGAUGUAUCCCCCCAUUUCUAUUGCACAAAAUUGCUUAUCUCAGUUGUGACAGUAAAGGGGUGUAGUAGAACACUGACACAUGUUCAAGAACAAUUUGAAUAGGUGUUUUCAGGGGGUGUUCACCUCAAUCUCAGGGAGUGAUCAGGGGAACCACAACGUCGGGGAAGAAAUGUAGCCCGAAAUUAGACUUGAUGGCCCGGUAAAUUUCCCUUUGUUUCCUGACCUUAGCACUAAAGCCUGAGGGUCGCAUAGCUGAAUUGUGUUAAUGAACAAAGCUGGAAGUGUAGAACGUCACUUUAUAUCAGUAAUGUCAAGAAGCAAGGUGAAAGCCAGCCAGGAUGGAAUGGGAGGAUGGGGAUGGGGAUAAGUGGGUGGCAGUUGUACUGUGUGCAUUUUUCCUAACUUCGUUUUAAAUUCUAUCAACAGAGAAAUUAAAUGAAUUCAGGCACACUGCAUAUAUUCAACCACCAUGAAAUUCUGGAUGUUGUUAGCUGUUUAUUUUUCUUGUUGAAAUGCUGUUUUCCCCAGACUUAGAAAUUCAGAAGCAUGCAUUGAACUUGCUGCGUGAUUUCUUUUGCUUUUUGUUUUUGGGGAGUGGGAGGUAAUAUCAAAAGGUGAUAUGAUUUGAAAUUUAAAAAACUAAGUUUUACUCAGCUCAGGUGGUCUGUUUAACUGUAUAACAAACACAAUAUAACAUAAUAAUGUACAAUUUUAUGUUUGACAAUCAUUAACAUGGCUUUAAAGGAAAAGUUUCUCUGUUUUUCUUUUUGUUA